GCUUUAAGUUGCCAAGGAAACACAUAGUCAAUAAGCUAUACAUAUUCACGAACCAUAUAAAAACAAUCUGCAAGACAUGACUGAGUUGUUGGGUCGUCAAGACUGUAUCAAGAGCCUCAGAAAAGAUCUGGUCGACAUUCAGGGUGCAAUUCUGGACGUCUUUUCCAGGACCGGACCAGUCCAAUUUUUUUCCUGGAAGUUCCCUGACAAGCUUUCUUGUGAUUUGGAUAUGUUGGCUUUGCUGGAGGAGUAUGACUUUGUGGAUGGGGAAGACGCUUUCAAUCAGCACUCCCACAUAGUUUUACUGGAGCUGGUGAUUGACAGACUACUGCUUCUUCUACAAAGUGUUAGUGCUUAUAUUGGGCAACAGAGGGGACUCCACAGGAGAGAGCAUACCCAGCAGAAAGGUUGCCUAUCAGUUGGCCUUGUGGUUAAGACCUAUUGGAGUAAUCUAUUUCAGUUUGCUAGCAGGAGGGAGACCUCAAAAGACAUGACAAAACAGAAACAAACAAAGGCAUUUGACUGUAAUGAAACGAAGACAAUGUCACCCAUCUCCUCUAUAUCUAACGCAAGCUGCAGGCAUUCAUCUGCCUGGUCUUCAACAAACUCAUUUCAAUUUUAUCCACAGAUGAAUGAAUCCCUCAUGCCCAACCACAAAGCCCCAUGCUAUCCCAAAGCUGACCGUCACAAUGUUAGCUGCCAGACUAUAGAAUCUUCCCUCACUCCCUGUGAUGCAUGUCAUCAAGCACAAUCUCUUUUGAGAACUACAGGAAAGACUUGUGUAGAUCUGUUACAGAAUGAGGGCCUGCCUUCAUCUCUGCAGCCUCUUUCAGACAUCAUGGAGGCCACAGUAGAGUUGGGACAUAUGACUGCAGGUGAUGUUGCCCAGUGGGCCAACGAGCAACUCAAGGACAUGCGCAGACUGGCAAAACAUCUCCAGGAUGUGCGGGGCACAGUGCAGCCUCUUAAAGACAAAGUAACAGCAACUGAAAUUGAACGCAACAGAUUCAGGUCUCAGUUGGAAGGUGCACGGAAAGAGUUCAAACAAGAGGUGGAAAAACACCAAGCAAACAUAGUCCAGCUGGAGUUUUCCCUGCAGAAAGCACAAAGAUCCAUGAAGGAGACGGAGCGGAAGCUCCAAGUGGAGCAACGAGAGCUGAAGAGAGAAAUUUUGUCACUGGAGGAGAGUAACACCAAACUAAAGGAGGAGGCAACAUUGCAGCAAGAAACUAUACACACACUUGAAUGUGAAAAAAAUAUGCUGCAGGAGAAACUGCAGAACCUGCAAACAGAGGCGGAGGCCUGUUACAGACUGCAGCAAAGGGUCCAGCAGCUAGAAACUCAAAUCUCUGACACUCAACUUCUUUUUGACAAGGAGAAUGCCAAGUACCAGAGUGCUUGUCGUCAACAAGAGUCAAUGCAGGCGAAACAAAAGUCUUUGCUAGAGAGAGUUGAUGCUCUUGAUGAAGAGAAUGAGGAGCUGCAGAGGGAGUUGGGAGAGAGAGAAGAGGCCCAGAUCAGCUUACGCAAUCAGCUGCAACAGAUGUCAGAGGUGAAGGAACAGCUACAGACUCAGCUCACUCAGCAGCAGGACUUGUGUGUAGAAGUUCAAAAGGAGAAGCAGGCACUAGAAACACAUGCAGAUCAGCUGAAAACCCGUGUGGCUGAGCUGACAGAACACGUUAGAGCUUUAAGGGAGAGGGAGAGGCUGCUGGUGGCUUUCCCAGAGCUCAACAAUUGGCCUCAGGCCCAACCACAGAGUACAGGAGACAUGCUUUUGGAUAUGGAGCAACAAAUGCAGGCAAAUAGUGUUCGUAUGAAAGUACUGGAACAGGAAAAUGCUACUCUGCACAAAUGUCUUGAGAAACUGAAGCAAAAAGCACAUAAUAGUGUUACCACGGAAGUUUUGCUUCAGCAGGCGUGGAGCAUACCAACAGAAAAACAACAAAGUGACUUGGGACAAGUGCAGAAGAGUCCAAUACAGAGCAGCAGUGAAGCUCAAGUAGGAUACAGUAACAGAGAAAAGAAAGUAAAAGAGGCAGAAAGUGUUUUACAGUCAGCCAAGUCUGAGGAUCAUGUGCCUGUCCUCCCUUUAUCCCUGCAAAUUCAUCCACAGACUAUCCACCUUGACACAGGCGCCGCUGAUGUUAAAAGUUGCAUAAGAAACACUUCCUUGAUCUCUCGCUGCAAAGACUUUACUCAGAGGAAAAAAUAAAACCCUGGAUUUGUAAAUGCAUUUAAAAGAUGGUGCAACACUGUGUAAAGAUAGCUGCAAAAGUUACACUCUACUCCUAAUAUUUAUCCAAAAUUUGUACUAAUAAUUUUGUUGUUUUAGUUUCAACAAGAGUUUAAACCAUGACACCUCUCAGUACACUAAGUUAAACAUGUCCCAAGCAAACUUACUCUGGACUUAUAAAAGGGUGUGUGUUAGUGCUGUUUAAAUAGAGUUUGAUGGGGAAUGGAUAUUAGGUUACUGAGUACCUGUUAUAUGAUAUGCGACUCAAAAAAAACCUGCAUGUCUCUGAAUGAAUGGCUUUCACAGUGGAUGAAUCACAUGGGUCUCAGUAAAUGGGGAGGUUGUACAGCCUUGAAUGUCGCACAAGUAAUGUCAGAGACAUUGUUUCUAUGUUGUCUGACAAAAUGGGUAACGUUUCCAUGGAAACACUUGAUUGCUGGAUCCUCCAGAUAUAUGCUCUGCUGGGCAAGACCUCAGCCGAUCCAGUCUUUCAGUACAUCCCUUUUAGUGCACAAAGAAUAGGGCCAAUUGUUCUGUUGUAGAAUACCUUACGAGUUAUAUCAUUAGCGUAUAUUUAUCCCUCGUUGUCAGCUAGAGUGGUGAUUACAGGUGACAAAGUUGUGUAUGAGAAAGAGCGACACAUGAAACACGUUAUUAAUUACCUUUGGAUUGGCACUGACCUUUAUUAAAACCUGAACAGACUCAUGAUCUGACUUUUCUUUCUCUGAGCAGACAGCUUGUGAACACAGAGAUAAUCUCUAACUUAACUAAACACUUGUGACAUCAAGCAUAAAACCUCAAAUCUUAAGCUCUUUACCCACUGAUGUCAGUAAAAGUUAUGUUGCCAUUGAUUCACAUGAAAUAAGGCAAAGCAAGUUUAUGUUGUACCUUUCAAACUAAUACAUCUCAAUUCAGUUUUAAUGCAAUCUUCUAAUACUUCGGUACGCAAAAAUAGGUUUUGAAUAAACAUAACUACUUUUAUGUGAACAUUUAAAUCAUUAGUCAAACAAAUAUUGUUAGUUCUGUAUUCAGCAGCCAGUAUGAGUUUGAAUACAUGAAUUAUCAAGUUAUAGGUUUUUAUGAGAGAAGAGCACUGGCAUGAGACAUUAUUGUAAGUCAAAUUUUAUAUAUUGGGAAUGUGGUGGCUGAAAUUGAGAAUUGUGUAUCUGAUGAUAAUAUAAUAAAAAAUCGAAUACAGAAUAAAGGAUUUAUCGAUAAUCUCCCAAUAUCAGCCAAUUUAGGCUGCCUCCUGAUGUUUUGUCCGUAACCUGAUUAGGUCUCUUUUAGUGGCAUGAGGAGGAAAUUUAGUCAGUUGGUCACAAUGUAUUUGACUAUGAAUGUAUCAGCUCUUCUGUAUUGUUUUUGUAAAUUAACAUAUUGCUGAACUGUAGUUCUACCUCUGCAAUUCAGCCUCAAACCAGCACCUGAUACACAAAACAACUUCAUCUUAUGGGAUAUGAUUCUCUGACAUGACACCUGAUGUAUAGUAAGAACACACCAUAAGUUAGAUUUUUUUAAAUGCUGCUUCAAAACAUUUAUUUUUUUUUUAGUCUUUUGCAUUGUACACAGAU